AUGAAGAGAGAACCCACUCACCAGAUCCACUCAGUCCCCCCACUCAAAGAACAGGAAGAUACCAUGCCAGCAACAAGCGAUUUCGUUAAAAAGCUAUACAAAAUGUUAGAAGACCAUACAUUCUCCCAUGUCGUCUCAUGGGGUCCACAAGGUGACUGCUUCGUCGUAAAGGACAUGAACGAAUUCACCAAAUCUAUCCUCCCACGCAUGUUCAAGCAUUCAAAUUUUGCCUCCUUCGUCAGACAACUCAACAAAUAUGAUUUUCAUAAAGUAAAAACAUCCGAUGACGCCCAAUUUGGCGAACACAGCUGGACAUUUCGACACCCUGAUUUCCAUGCCGACAGACGCGACGCCCUCGAAAACAUAAAGCGCAAAGUCCCUGCUGCACGUAAAUCUAUUCCUUCCGCCUCUAACGGGGGUCUCAGCGGUGGCAGAGGAGCAAGUUCCGGCAGCCCCGUCCCAGGCGAAACUACUAACGCCGAAAUAGCAUCUGUGCAAUCGCACAUCAGCAGUCUGAGGAAUCAAAUCGGGAGGGCUGAAGAGCGGAUUAGGGUGUUGGAGCGUCAGUACGGGGACGUACUUGUUGAGAUGGUCAAUUUUCAAAAGGGGAUGGCGCAGCAGGAUGGCUUGAUGCAGGGAUUGAUACAGUAUUUUUUAGGGGAGGGAGGUGAGUGUCUUUGA